UAGAGUACUCAGAGGUGCAUGGGUCUUAAAAUAACAGCUGCGCCUACAAUUUAAUACACAACACUACAUACCUUCGUUACAGAGAAUAUUCGCUCCUAAAUUAUGAAAACUUGGAGGCGAGAAAAGAAGAAGAGAAAAAAGAAAACGAGCAAGCAAAGAAGAACCUAGGAAAAGAGCUCGCAAACAAAGACCGAACCGUUCCAAAAAGGAAAAAAAAAUCAAUAAACCCCAGAAGAAGCCUCUCCUCCUCUCGACUCCUCUCCUCGCCGCUCUCGUUGCUUCCUCGCGGGGAGUUGGAACCCCCUCCCCUCUCCCUCUCCCUCUCGCUGACUCGCUCUUCGAGGAGAAGGCGAAGGCUCCCGCGCCGCGGAGUCGGAGAUGGCCGCCGCCGCCGCCGUGGUGAACUACCCGCUCGUCGCGGCGCUCGUGGCGUUCGCGCUCGCGCAGUCCUCCAAAUUCUUCACCACCUGGUUUAAAGAGAAGCGUUGGGAUGCCAGGCAACUUAUAGCUUCUGGGGGGAUGCCAUCAUCCCACUCAGCCACAGUGACAGCGCUUGCAGUGGCCAUAGGAAUCCAAGAAGGCUAUCGUAGCGCCACCUUUGCAACUUCAGUAAUUAUUGCAUGUGUGGUGAUGCAUGAUGCUUUUGGAGUUCGCUUACAUGCUGGGAAGCAGGCAGAGGUAUUGAAUCAAAUUGUGUACGAGCUACCAGAAGAGCAUCCAUUAUCAGAGACAAAGCCAUUGCGUGAAAUUCUUGGACACACAGUUCCUCAGGUUGUGGCCGGUUGCAUCAUUGGAAUCCUUAUAGCUGUUGUUAUGCGCUUAGCUCUAUGGAGUUCUUAGACACGCAUUACUCGUAGGUAUUUGCUUGAUCACCUCAUAUCGCAUCGCUGAUGAGUUGUGAAGCAUGAAAACUCAAAUCUCCUCUUGGAUGUGAUUUGUACAAAUGCUCAGUUUUAUGACUAUACUAUAAGGUUCCUAACCGGUGUAGGUCUGCGUUGUAGGAGGUAGAUUGUAGUUCAGUUGGUGCUGUACAUCGUAGAAAUUUACUGUGAAUUGGAAGCUCAUGUGAUCAACCUUUGUUAUACAACUGGCAAUGAUCAUGCUGUCAACUUUUCUUUCUGGCACGCAGUGAUAUUUUAAGUUCUGCAUCACUGUCCUUAGUUUAUUAUUUUACUGUGCUGUGCUUGUUAGACCUAGAAUGUUACUACCAUACAAAUGUCCCAAAAUUUGGUCCUGGGCAGUACUCAGUAGUGUGUGUGCCUAUGCUGUUUUACUGUCAUUCAUAGUUCAGACUAAUCUGUUUUCCUCUGAAUCCUGAAAUGCAAGAACUUUUUGUUA